CUCUUCAAGGUGUGUUGACCGACUAAAGUCUAAGCCUGUCGUCCCACAAAAGGCCCGGGAGGGCCGGGGUCCCAGGAAGGGCCAUCCUGGGUCAGCACCGCCCCAGUGGGGGAGUCGGGCCGCUUUCAGACUUGCCACUGGGAAGGGAAGUGAUUUGGGGGCGGCAGGUAAGGCACCGCCCCUUCGCCAUCACCUGCAGAAAAGUACCAGAGUUGAGCCGGGGCGCCCGCAGGCCUGUCUGGGCCUCGGGGUAAGGCGGCGCUGGCCACGCCCCCUGCCCCUCCCGCCGCGAGUGGCCUCAUGUGGUCGCCCAGGUGAGCCGCGGGGCUGCGAGCCACCGCCCACCCCGCGUCGGGGCGGGGCCUGGGGGCGGAGCCUCAUGCCCCGCCCCGCGGCUGGUCCCUGCCGCGCCGCUGCGGCUCCUCCUCCCUCCUUCCGUCCUCCGCGCCUUCCGUCGGUCGGUCCUUCCUUCCUGCUUCGCCUCCGCGCCUCGCGCUAUGGGACAGAGCCCCCGAUCCGCCAGCACCACCUGAGGAUCCGGAAACCGCCCCAGCGAUGGAAGAGGAUCAGGAGCUGGAGAGGAAAGCAAUAGAAGAACUGCUUAAGGAGGCAAAACGUGGGAAAACUAGAGCUGAAACAAUGGGACCCAUGGGUUGGAUGAAGUGUCCUCUUGCUAGCACCAAUAAAAGAUUUCUAAUUAACACAAUUAAAAACACAUUGCCCUCUCAUAAAGAGCAAGACCAUGAACAAAAAGAGGGCGAUAAGGAACCAGCGAAGAGCCAGGCCCAGAAAGAAGAAAACCCGAAGAAACACAGAAGCCAUCCUUACAAGCACAGCUUCCGCGCUCGAGGUUCCGCCGGUUACUCCCCGCCACGAAAGCGGAGCAGCCAGGACAAGUACGAAAAGCGGUCCAACCGGCGGUGAGGCUGGAACCAGGGCCAGCCAGCCCUGCGGGCCUCCGUGCUCCUUCGGGGGUGUGGUGUGCAGAGAAGGCAUGAGCUGGCAGGGCAAACACCUGAGAGUGACUUUGACAGUAGGUCCUUUGUUGUUUUUAAAGAGGCUGCUGGCCACGGGAAAAAAUGACCUAGCAACUCUUGAGGAAACAAGUACAAAGGAGGAGGUCUUGGCAAGUUUAAGCUACUUCCGCAGUGUAGUAGACAUACGUAUUGUUGUUUAUCUUGUUUGGAAGUGUGUUUCAAAAUAAACAUGUCUAGAAUUUAAAGUUUUCGGAGAUUGUUAAAACUAGUUCCAAUUUUUUGGUCAUUUCUCAGAAAAAUAAAAUAUAAAUCCUAUAUGUUACUUUUUGGGGGUAUCACAUUUAAAAUUUAGAAAUCAUCAGUCCAGUGACCAUAUUAUGAAAAGCUGUAGCCCUCCAAGGUCUGGGAAUUUAUUGAGAAGCUCUUUGAUAGCCCUGCAUUUGUUUUCCCUUAGGUGAACAAUGUAGGAAAUCCUCAAAGUGGCUUUGAAUUUAAUGCUCCACUUCAGUUACCAGAGGUUAAAAAAUGGGUUUUGUUGUUUCCUGUGCAUUCUCAAACUCAUUUAUUAGAUAGAACAAUCUUUCUGUAUUUAAUUUUUUUAAUAUAUAGGUCUUAAGUGGUGCUUUAAAAAGAACCCUCACAAGUUAAAAAUUAACAGUUGUUUCAGUGCUAGAUCUUACCAGCUAAAGACUUGUGAUCCCACAAUAUAGUAUAGUUGUUCCAGAAAUCUUCGUUUUAAAUAGAAGUGUUUACAAUGCCUUUUUUCCCCCAGUAUUGGUUUUCAAUACCUGUUUUCAUAUACAAUUACAAACCUUUCAAACCUGUAUUCCUUCUUUAUACUCAGGAAAAUGUCACCAAGCACCCUCCUCCCCAGUCCACAAAAGGAAGAAGAUGAAGAUUCUGUCUCCCUGUUCCCCCUCCCCAGUUUUCCAAAGUGUCUGAGCAUAUGCCUGGCUGUCCUCAGAUCAUCACCAUGCCACAUCCCUGCUCCCCACUUCCUGGCAGCCAAGAAAAGCCCUUUCUACAUGCUAGAAGGAAAUACAUCCAAAAAGUUAGCAUCGGAGUGUUAGAAACUAGAAUAGACCUCUCUGCCCCCAAGCUGCUGUGUCACACCCUCAGCCUGCUAGAGAGUGACAAACCCAAAUCAUUCUUGAUCCACCCCUUCUCCCACCCCAGAUCCCAGGGACUCAUCCUGUGACUUUGUAACCACAAUCAUUCCUUUCAAACACAGAGGAGGAAUUAUUGCUUCAUCUGACUUUAUUCAAAUCUAGUUAUGUAUUAGCCUAAAUUAUUUGUGCAAAAUUUGAAAUGUUUUUUAUUCAAAUAUUAGAAAUAGCACAAAGUCAUGGAGUUUUUAAAAAUUGUUAUAAUUAAGUAAAAAUAAAGCUGAAUUGUGUCA